UUCCAAUCCGGCACCAUGAAUUUUGCCGAGCUCUUAGACCACGUCGGGGGGAUGGGUCGCUUCCAAAUCAUCUAUACGAUCUUACUGGCUAUCCCAGUUUUCAUGAUGGCCAGCCAUAACCUCCUGCAGAACUUCACUGCUGCCACUUCUGAACACCACUGCCAUGUCCAUAUCAACAUCAACAACACUCUUUACACCAACCUCACCGGAAAGCUCGCUGCCAAAGACCUCCUCAGGGUCUCCGUCCCCAUGGACAGCAACCAGCAGCCAGAGAAGUGUCACCGCUUUGUCACCACGCAGUGGCAGCUCCUAGACUCCAACGCCACAGUCACAAACCUAACCGAGCUGGAGACUGAACCCUGCGCUGAUGGGUGGGUGUACGACAAGAGCAUUUUCACCAGCACCAUCAUUACAGAGUGGGACCUGGUGUGUGACUCCCGGCAGCUGAAGCAGAUGGCUCAGUCCAUCUACAUGGCUGGGAUCCUGGCGGGAGGCAUCAUCUUUGGAGAUCUGUCAGACAG